UCUGAUCUUGUCGAAGUGUUAUGAUGAACGAAGUUUUAGGAAGUUUUUUAGCUUUUACCGUUUUCUGUACAGAACUAAGGAUAAGCUUAGGCACACAGAAUCGCUGUAGUAGAGUUUCUAGUGGCAAAUAUCGGCACUUCUCGGAGAAUGAACGAAUUAAAUUAAGAGAAAAAGCUAAAGAGAUGUUUUAUUUUGGGUAUGACAAUUACAUGAAUUUUGCUUUUCCUAAAGACGAACUCGAUCCGAUUCAUUGCACAGGAAGAGGACCGGAUCAUGACAAUCCGUCAAAUAUUAACAUCAAUGAUGUUUUAGGAGAUUAUUCACUAGGACUGUUGGAAUCUCUUGGCACAUUGGCAAUAAUGGGCAACAGCAGUGAAUUCAAGAGAGCUGUACAGCUUGUGAUUGAUUCUGUAACAUUUGAGAAGAAUAAUACAGUCCAAGUUUUUGAAGCCACAAUAAGGUAAUUUCA